AUGGGAAUGCUUAGUUGGUAAGUCGACGCCAGGUUGUUGAACGAACAAAAAAUGAAGUCUUUUGGUUUACGUUUUGUCGUUUUGCGGGACGAAAGCAAAGUUCAUAUUUGAUUUUGACGAAACUAAUUUCUUUUUCCCAAAAAAUUGCCCAUCAAAUUUUGCAGUCGCGCUCUCACUACGUUGCAUUUCAAUUGCUGAAAAUUUUAGCUGGGGCUUUCUAGACGUUGCAGAGUUACGCAGCGGCCGCAAAGGUUGUACGGUGGCGGACCGGUUCCAAUGAUAAAAAAACGUACUAUUUUGCAGCCGGGAAGCAUCAAAAAUGCAGCAAAAUACCUCCCUCUCCAACUAAAAACCGCUCCUUUUGUGAGGAAAGGGCGCUUAGCUGGAGAGGGAAGCAAUUUGCCACAUUUUUUGAUACUUCCUGGAUGCAAAACGGUACGUUUUUUGCCACUGGAACAGGUCCGCCGCAGUACAACCCCAAAAGCAAAAAAAAUACCUAGAAUUUUUUGUACGAUAAUUGCAGGAGUAUCUUCAUCGCAUCCCUAGCGUUUGUAAUCUACGUCUUCAUUGAUCUCAAAGAUUUUGAAGAGUAUGUCGUGAGGUAAGUGGUCCAACUGCAACCGAUUACGAAACUCAGACUCGCCCCAGUCCGACCUAGCGAAGGAAAAUUGGCGAGAACAGCAAAGAAUACAAUCAAUAACAUAGAAUAUGUACUAAAAGGCGAGAUCGUCAACCCAGAAUGCCAAGUCAUACAUAAUGGAGCAAUCUACACUGGGAGCGUGACUGGUCAUCUCUAUAAAAUAGUGAACGACAAGAUCGUGAAGGUGAUCGACGUUUCCAAGGACAAUCCAAAGUGUAGUAAGCUUAUAAUUUCAGAUUUUGGGAGCAAUUAAUCACCCAAAAGCAUGCUAAAACUUCGUUUCAGAAUACAACUUGUGCUCCGUCCCUCUUGGAAUGCGAUAUUGGAAGGACGAAAAGGUGGUUUAUGCGGACGCAAUGCUGGGAAUUUUUGUGGCCGACUUCAAAACUGGUGAGAAAUACUGAUGCCCCUUCAAAAACUAAUGUAAUUUAUCCAGGCGAAAUAAAACAAGUGUUCACUUCACGAACGUACAUUGGUGGAUGGACCCACCUGUUCCCCGAUGACUUUGAUUUCAUCGAUGAAGAGACGAUCAUCUUCACCGAUAUGAAUCCAAAAUGCGGUUUUGAAAGGCAUAUCGUGUGCUUCUUUGAGUAUAUCAAAGAUGGACGGUAAGUUGCGUUUUCCCAUGUUACAGAGGGGGACCUGAUCCAGUGGCAAAAAACGUACCAUUUUGCGAAGCAUUUUGGAACAUUUUUGAUACUUCCCGGAUGCAAAACGGUUUAUUCCCACUGAAUCAGCCCCCUCCCCCAAAUACCGAAAAAUCAAUUUUUGUUUUGUCAACUUUGCCCCAUUUCAGCGUAAUCACGCUCAAUCUCAACACCGGAGCUUGGGAAGUCAUCGCUAAGGAUCUCCUAACCCCGAAUGGAGUAGUUGCUCAUCCAGAUAAACAGUCAGCCCUCGUUUCAUCAACCUCGGCCUCCCAAAUUCUCCGGAUAUUUUACAAAGGCCCUAAGAAGGGUCAGGUGGAAGUGUUUGCAGAUGGUUUGCCCGGCAUCCCAGACAAUAUCCGUCAAAGCUCGAGCGGAAAGAGCUUUUGGAUUGCGUUUUAUGAGUCGUCCGUGAACGGCGAACGCCCGUUGUAUCAGAGAUGGAGUGAAUAUCCAAAACUGAGGAAACUUUUGGCUAUGGUAAGUGCCGCCAAGCACAGGCUUCCAGAAUUUACACAAGUUGUUGUUUUUACAGUGGGGCACCCGAUCCAGUGGCAAAAAACGUAUCAUUUUGUAUCCGGGAAUUAUCAAAAAUGUGGCAAAAUGCUUCCCUCUCCAAGUAAAAAAACUCCUCACAAAAAGAGCGAGUGCGCUUUUGAAAUCUGAAUUUUUUCACUUGGCGAGGGAGGUAUUUCGCCACAUUUUUGAUGCUUCCUGGAUACAAGAAGGUACACUUUUUGCCACUGGAUCAGGUCCCCCACUGUAGAAGGAUUUUCUCGAAACUUGCACUCGUCAUAAUGAUCUCAAUGUAGCACCUAUGACAUAUUCCCCUCUAUUUACGGUUAUUUUUCAGCUCCCCGAACACUUCCGUUAUAUCUCGGCAACUCUAUUUUCUUCAAAGGAAAAAGUCAUCAUUGAGAUGGAUUUUGAUGGUAAAAUUGUCUCAAGUCUUCAUGACCCUGAAGGUCGUCUAAGCUACGUCACCAAUGUUGUGGAUGACGGGAAGGACCUCUACAUUGGAUCGGUCUCACUGCCCUACAUCCGAAGGAUCCGAAAUUUCAGAAACUUAUCUUGA